AUGGAGCAAGCAAAACCAUUUUACACAUACCCUGCCGCAAGGCAGGCUCGUGGCACGAGGAAGCUCUUUUCAUCUCGCUUGAGUGGAUGGGGAGCGCGCUUCGGGAAACCGUUUUUAGAGAGAGCGGCCCAGCUUCUCUCCCGACGCCUGGGAGCUGUCAAAUGUCGCUGCGAUCUCCUGGGCGCCGUGCCAAAGGCGAUGCCUGCUGGCACAACCAGCGGUGCCUUUUUCAGAGUUGGACCCCGCGAUCCAGGAGAGCAGCAGCUGGCGCUGUACACUCAAGAAUGCGAUGAUGCUCACCGGGUAGCGUCGUCACACAUGGAUUGGCUCCCUGCCAGAACAGCAGGCACAUACCUUGAACCAUUGCCAGAAGAGCUGACGACGGUGUUUGAGGAGGAAUACAGAGAUAUCCCGGAGGAGCUCGCCGAUAGCGAGGGACCGCCUACGAGGGUCUCCUCUCCCCGGGGCUCCACCGACGAGCUAUGUGCCACUGGCACUAGGCUCGCACCAUUCAGCCGGGCUACGGUGGCGCUGCAUUCCAGAGUAUUUGACGGAUUUCAACCAGUAACGCCUACGUUAGCCGAUACUACAUCUGCUGGCCGCCAGGCAUCUCAGGAGACCGUGAAGCGGCCCCUCUACAAUUCGAAGCCCCCUGAGGCUGCCCUUCCUCCGAGCAAGUUACCCUUCAUCGCCCCUGACGAGCAGUAUCGCCGGCAGCUCGCCUCUGUCUUAGGGACACCCGCCCAGAAGCUGUCAAUGUCUUCACAACCGCACCUGUCUUUCUACCACGCAGCAGUAGUGGGGAAAAGAGAUGUUUGUCCGGAUGGAAAUUGUCAAUUCCGUUCAGCCAGCUACGCCCUACUGGGCACAGAGGCAGCACAUGGUGAAAUUCGUCGCCAGGUGUCAGCGUAUUUGAGGCGCCACCUGGAUCGAUUCAACUGGCUUAUCUGCCCCGACCGCCUGGAGGAGGACGAACGCAGGAUGGCGCCCCUCGACAAACGAUACGGAACUCGGGUACCGCAUAGGCGGUCGAGACGGCAACCAACUUUGACGACAGACCAGCUCAAGGAGAACUGGAUUACGCGUCUUGGUGACUCCAGGUACGGCAUCUGGGGCGACGAAAGCACCCUCGUCGGUCUCGCAGAGGUGUACCGUUUACGUAUCGUCGUCGAACAGCAGGACCGCAACUGCCGUCGUGCAACUCAAAUGGGAUCGCAUGCCGUCCAGGUGUUCAAGCCAGACGAUUCCCCGCCUGACGACGACAUCCCGACCAUCUUCCUUGGCUAUGAAGUACGCCGGCAGCACUACAACGUAAUUGACAGAGUCUGCAAACAGUGA